AUAUUAAGCUGAGAGUGGGGAAGGUUGAUUAGACUGCAAUACAUUAACAAAUACAGCACGCAUCCAAAUUCUGAGAAUGCAUAUUGAAAGAUCGAAGCAAUAACUUUUUCUCUGCCGCCACGGGUUUGGAUCCCACACCCAUAACCCUUCAUCCAUUGAAUGAUCUUGCUUUUCCCUUUCAAUCUUAAUCCGACUCAUACAUAACGGAAUCGGCCUGUUGGUUGGGUGUGUCUCUUUGCAAAUAGUGAACUAGGUUCUGCUGUGCGUGUGUGUGUGGGCGCGUUUUGUUGUAAAGAAAAUUGAAGUCAUUUUCGUUUUCGCUGUGGUGGUUGGUUUUUCAUGGUGGUAGCAAUGUCGACUCCUGCUAGGAAGAGACUCAUGAGAGACUUCAAGAGGCUGCAACAAGACCCACCUGCAGGAAUCAGUGGAGCGCCCCAGGAUAACAACAUAAUGCUGUGGAAUGCUGUCAUUUUUGGUCCUGACGAUACUCCAUGGGAUGGAGGUACGUUUAAGUUGACUCUCCAAUUUACUGAGGAUUAUCCAAACAAGCCACCAACUGUACGAUUCGUCUCUCGAAUGUUUCAUCCAAACAUUUAUGCGGAUGGAAGUAUUUGUCUGGAUAUAUUACAAAAUCAGUGGAGUCCUAUAUAUGAUGUAGCUGCCAUACUCACUUCUAUUCAGUCAUUGCUUUGUGAUCCCAACCCAAACUCUCCUGCGAACUCAGAAGCAGCUCGAAUGUUUAGCGAGAACAAGCGUGAGUACAAUCGAAGAGUGAGGGAAAUUGUGGAGCAGAGUUGGACAGCUGACUAGGCCAAUCUUUAUGUGGUUGUGGGCCGUUGAAGACAUGAAUUAGGCUGCAUUUCUACAUAUAAAAUGACCGUGUCAACCUACCAAAUUUUAUGUCGUAUUCCUUACUGUUCUGAAUGUUAGGAUCAUCUUAUCUUUAAUUCAUUGUAGUUUAUGCAUUGUUCAUGUCAGUUCAUGUAAAAUAGAGUUUUCUGUCAAUUUGCAUCAGAUUGUUCUCAACACGGUUCAAUGUAUAAGUUGAAGUUUCCUGAAUUGGUUAUGAUCACAAGAAUUUAUAAACUACGUUCAAU